GCCGUCGGAGGAAAGCAAAGAAGAAGAAGAAGCUAUAAAAGAAUCAAGUUGUCUACAAGGAGACACUAACUACAAGACAUCAUGAAGGCUCUAACUCUUCUCUCCAUCUGUACUCUUCUCUCAGUGUGCUGGUCCAUGGGAGCGGUGGAACCGGAGGUUGUCGUGGACCCCGAUGCUGACACAGCUGCUGAUGUUGCACCUGCUGACCCUGCCGCUUCUGAUUCCUCCUCCGCUUCCGACUCCUCUUCCUCCUCUGAGUCCGAUUCCGCCUCAUCUGACUCUUCCUCAGACUCUUCAGCAUCCGAUUCAUCAUCCUCAGAGUCCUCUGAAUCCUCUGAGUCCUCUGAGUCCUCACAGUCUUCAGAGUCCUCUGAAUCCUCCGAGUCCUCCGAGUCCGACUCCUCUGCAUCAGACUCUGGCUCUGACUCUUCUUCUUCUUCAUCAUCCUCAUCUUCAUCAGAGUCAGCCAGUUCUGAGGCUAAUCCAGUGGUGAUGAAGAGAGAUCUGGCUGCUGUUCUUCUGAGAAGGAGAAGAGCUGCUCCAGCUGGUAACCUCUCCCCUCUGCAGCUGGAAAGCCUCAGAGAGCUGUGUGAGGUGAACGUUGCCUGCGACGAGAUGGCCGACACUUCCGGCAUCGUGGCCGCGUACACCGCCUACUACGGGCCCGUCCCCUUCUAAGUUAAAGGAGAUCUCUGUCAUUCAUAUGUGUACUGUUUUUCUGUCAUUUUCUUAUACAACAGUGCAACAACUCCCCUAAAUCAGAAGCAGAACACAAAAACCAUGGUUCAGAACCAUGCUAUGAUGCUACACAGAGAAUUUCUUUAGGCACAAAUUAUUGCACAAGUGGCCAGCUAUAGUGGUCCCGAAAGAAACUGCCUCUUCCAGGCUUUCAGAGAGAGGCACAUGGAAACACAAGCCUGUGAAGUAUGUUAUAGUAGCCCACACAAGUUUUAAAUUAUUCUUUUCAUCUGUAGUGUAAUGCAGUGAAUGGUGCUACAAGUGCAAAUGUAUUGUUUCUUUUUUCUUUUUUUUCUUUUGAUGUACUGAUGUUUUGAUAUUAUGGAUAGUCUUACUUUAAGUGGUAGUUCUAGUGAGUAGUGGAUGUAGUAAUGAGGUCGUAGAGGUAGUGUAGUGUUAGCAUUGUGUUGAUAGUGGUAGUGUACACUAUGUGUAAAAUGCACAUCAGUUAUCUGUUAUGACUGUAACCACAUAUUGCCUCUGGGUUUAAAAAUAAUAAAUUAUUUUGUUUUGUCAAA